GUGAAGCCCGCCAUCCUGUGAUAGUCUACAUCCACGGCGAGUCGUUCGAAUGGAAUUCUGGGAAUCCCUACGAUGGGAGCGUUCUGGCCUCCUACGCCGAUCUAGUCGUAAUUACGUUAAACUAUAGAUUAGGAAUAUUAGGUUUUUUAAACGCAAAUCCUGCCCCUCAUCUCAAGGCUCGAGUGGCCAACUAUGGUCUCAUGGACCAAAUUGCUGCCCUACACUGGAUCCAACAGAAUAUAGCUCUGUUUGGUGGUGAUCCGAACAACGUCACCUUAGCAGGUCAUGGUUCUGGAGCAGCAUGCAUCAAUUUCCUCAUGAUAUCACCUACAGUGAUGCCUGGGUUGUUCCAUAGGGCCUUAUUGCUGUCUGGAUCAGCACUGUCAUCAUGGGCAUUAGUGGAAGAUCCCGUGAACUACGCUGUAAAGUUGGCCAAAGAAGUGAACUGCACUAUACCUGAUGACGUCGGUAAAGAUCACGAGCAGAUUGUGGACUGUCUGCGAGAGACUCCCUUGGGGGAGCUUCUAGAGGCCGAAGUGACACCUCCGGCUUAUUUAAGUGCAUUCGGGCCAAGCGUUGAUGGUGUGGUAAUCAAAGCCGAUUUUGCCAAAGAACUCGUCACCUACUUCAAACCCCAAGACCUCCAAAGCUUCGUAGGCCCCGUCAACGCCAACCUCAAACGCAGCGAGGCCACCUUGGUACCCAAAGGCAGCAACCCUUACGACCUCCUCUUUGGCGUGGUGACCGGCGAAGCCUUGUGGCGCUUCUCUUCGAAUGACAUCCAAGCAGGCUUCGAGGGUGAACGUCGCGACAAGAUCAUACGGACCUACGUGCGUAACGCCUAUACGUAUCACCUGAGUGAGAUAUUUUUUACUAUUGUGAACGAGUACACGGACUGGGAGAGGACGGUGCAGCACCCGAUAAAUACGCGUGACGCUUGCGUGGCUGCGCUGAGUGAUGCGCAGUUCGUUGCGCCGUUGGUGCAGACGGGGGAUUUGUUGAGCGCGAAGCCGCCGCAGACUGGACAGGAAGCUACCGGACCUAAGACGUUCUUUUAUGUGUUUGAUUAUCAGACAAAGGAAGGAGAUUAUCCACAGAGAAUGGGUACUGUCCAUGGGGAAGAGCUACCUUAUAUGUUCGGUGCUCCAUUAGUGGAUGGCUUCAAUCAUUUUCCAAAGAACUAUACUAGAUCUGAGUUAGCUCUUUCGGAAUCGUUUAUAAUAUUCAUUGCCAACUUUGCAAGAACUGGGAAUCCUAACGAACACCACAAACAGGAACCGGUUCUGGCCGCGUCGAGGGAGAGGAACAGGUUCAGAACAAUCGUGUGGGACGAAUACGAUCCAGUACACCAAAAAUACCUGGAGAUUGGUAUGAAACCACGCAUGAAAAACCAUUUCAGAGCUCACCAGCUCAGCGUCUGGCUCCGCCUAAUCCCAGAACUACAUCGCGCAGGCAUGGAGGACGUCGUAGCCCGUCACAACCUCUUCAGAAACCACAACAACGCUGACCUCUACGAUGGUGCUGUCAGACCGGACCCAUUAUCCAGAGUCAGUUACUACGACCCUACCAUGGAACUUGUUAGACGUCGACCCAACGCAACUCUAAGCGCUCUUGAAGUUGCUCCUACAACCAUCGAUACAGUGGUAACGACAUGUAUUAAUGUAGCACCUUCAGGAAAUUACAAUCCUCAAGUUUACCAAAGCAACCAGACAGAUACUUUGGCAACUCUGGAAGCUGCAGGGUAUGCCGCUUACAGUACUGCGUUGAGUGUCACAAUAGCAAUAGGAUGUUCCCUUUUAAUUUUAAACGUUCUAAUUUUCGCGGGGGUGUAUUAUCAGAGAGACAAAACGAGAAUGGAGGUGAAGAAUUUGCAACAGCAGCAAACUCGAAACCAGCAAACGUUCGAAACCAUAUCUAAGCAUCAGCACUAUCAUUUAGGACACGCUCAAAGCUCCAAUAUAAUCGUAGAUGUAGAACAAGACACCUCCGCUAUGAUUUUAGCUGCAAACGCCCAACAAGACUAUCACGCGAUGAGCAAAGUCCAACAACACCUCUGUCCUACCAGUAUUUCAAACACUCUAAAAGCUCCCCCUCCUAGCCCUAACGUGAUGCAAAACUCAUGUAUGACGCUCCCGAAGAACGCAUCCAUGCAAAACUACAAUUACGCGCAGCAAGGUUGCAUGACUCUGCCGAAGAACGCGACCUUGAUGAACAACACCGCCUGCGUUAUAGCGGAAAUGAAGCACCAGCAAGGGCUGACUGCGCAUCCUCCGAAUGGUAACGCCCCCAUGGCCUUGAACGUUCCAAAGCCUCCCCCGCCUCCUAGAUCCAAGAGCCCCGAGAGUCAGCCGUUGCUUACUUCUUCGGGGCAUAACAAUAGUUCCAAGGGUAACAUGAGGCUGCCUCACGCGGCCAUGAGUGAAAUGAGGGUGUGAUAGUGCUUAGAGGAGUCUAGGUAUAGGAGCGAUUAUGGAUUUGACGACUUUAGAUUCUAGGAAAUUGAAAUUUGUUUUUUUUUGUUUAAGUGGGUGCGUCUGUAAUACUAUUUUUUAUAUGUAAUUUGCGGUGAUACGUUGAUAAAAUGAGGAAUGAUAAAGCAAAGUGUAUAUACGGGUGAGUCUUAAAAAGUGCAAAUAUUUUAGGGCUUGUAUAUUAGCAUUCUUCAAAUAAAUCCAGAAUAAUCGAGUUAUUUUACUUUGAAAAAUAAAAAAAAUGUUUUUCCUAAAUUUUGAGAACCACUGAAUCUUUUCGGUUUUCUUUCUUGUAAAUUUGAUCUACUACCUAUUUUUUUCAAAA